CAACGAAAUUGAGACGACGAUGAAGAGUUAGCGAACACGCGGGUGUCUUGAAAAAAAGAAGGAAAAUAAUGAUGGGAUUUAUCGCUUCAAUUCAACCUCCACAGUCGACAGUGAGGUGGCAGAAGGAUGACACCAUUGCUUUUGUGGAAAAACAAGACUUGUCUAAGGGGACAUUAUACAUAGCUGAGAGCCAUGUAUCGUGGAUUAACCCAAGUGGACAAGGCUUCAACGUUCCUUACCGCGCCAUCACGGUCCAUGCUAUAUCGAGAGACCUAUCAUCAUUCCCACACGAGUGCCUCUACCUCAUGAUCGACUCCGAUGUCAUGACCGAGCUCAGAGACGUCCCGGGCCAGGGAGGAGAUGCUCCUCAAGAUGAUAACAGCGAUGACGGCUUCCAGGAGGACGAGGGGAAUGAAGUCCGAGAGAUUAGACUCGUUCCUCAGGAUAAAACAGUGUUACAGAGCAUGUUUGAUGCCAUGUCAGAAUGCCAGGCUUUACAUCCAGACCCAGAUGAUGAUGGAGAUGAUGCAAAUGCUUUUGUCCAAUGCGAUGACGAAGAAGAGGAGGAAGGAGAGGAGGAGGAGGAGGGGGAGGAUCCUGCUAUGGGGGUAGAGUUGAUCAUCGCUAAUCCUGCCGACGGCGAUGCCAUGGACACCGGCCAGUUCGACGAUGCGGAUAUGGAUCCGGAGCAUUGACGAACAGUUUCAUUCAUUCCAGCUGACGCUAAAGCUGACAUUGAAGGCUUGUUUACAUUACAUGUCGAUGUGAAUUUAUUGAAAUGACUGCAUUAUUUCAUGUUGGGCAAUGUACUUACAUUGUGUAUCAUCAUGGAGCUAUUGAAACACCUAUACAGGCAAACAUGGAUCUGCUAGAGUUGGACUUCUUUGUUUUGUUUUGUUUGGCAAAUUCCUGCAUACUAAGUCCUUGCUUGUUUGCCAUUUAAGUCUAAAGGCCACUGCACAUCUUACGACCCGACUGGUCGGCGACUGGCUUGCGACUGAGUGAGGGGAGAUGUGACGUGAUAGCUCCCGUCAGCUUGAGCGUCGCAGACCAGUCAGAGACAAGUUGCAAUGAAAAUCGUAAGAAUUUGACAUGUCGAAUCCUUAUGACUGGUUCGCAAGCUCAAUCCAACUUCCAGCCAAUCAGACAGCAGAGUUGCACGACGCGUAUAUAAUAAACAACGCGGAUACGCAGUAGUAAGCGCACUUUCUCAGUUGCUAUGGCAAAAAAAAUAAAAAGCGCAUGGGCGAGUCGCAGAUCGGAUCGCAAGGUGUGCGGUUUCGAGGCUUAUGACUACCUUGCGAUUCAUCUCCCCUCACUUAGUCGCAAGCCAGUCGCAAACCAGUCGGGCCGUAAGGUGUGUGGUGGCCUUUAGGAGAAUCGUUGUGUGAGGGGGGGGGUUGACCCCACUUCCUGUCAAAGUUUUACAACUGUGAAGUUAAGAUUGGACAUUUUUUUUUCAAUUCUUGUGCAUUUUUUGGUACCAAGGUCGAGUCAAUCAAACUAAGAGUCAUGGGGUCAAAGCUCAUUUUGUUAUCGUAUGUUGGCAUGAAAAGAAAUAUUUUACAGGAAUUUUUGUACCCAAGUGGAAAAUUACGAUUUAUAUUACUUGCACCAAGCAAUAUAAAUUUCUGAUCCUAUGCCAUUAAUCCUAUUUUCUCAUUUAAAAUUCAUCAAAACCAAAUUUUAGAAUUUCAGUCAUAAAAACAUUAAAGUACAUAAGCAUAAAAAACAAUAUAUGAAAGAAUGAAUUUAAGUUGACAUCUUUUCACAAAAAGUAAUGUUGGAAGUGAUUUCCAAUUUUCCACCAAUCUUUUGCAAAGUAUUUUGCUUAAAAAAUCCUAAUUGGAAGGAAAUAACAAACACAAAAUCCAUGCAACUCAUUUGCCUAAUUCUAAUAUUAACAAUUUUUGCCAAAGAAAGAAAAAAAACCCUGCAUACUGGCACCCUUUACUGGCGUGGUACUGGGGAAGGAGAAAACAAUCAUUGUGUGAAUUUUUACCUUUUCCUGUAUGAUUGAGAUUAUGGUAUGUGUAGUUGCACUGCAAAAGAUUCCUCUUCAUGUGCCCUCAAUCCCUUCAAUUUUAGA